AUGCAGCUUUCAAAGUGUCCCGGUGCUAUGCCAGGCGAAGCCUCAGGCCGUCGAGUUUGCGAAGGACCAUAUGUUGUUUGCAAACAUCCGCGGCGAACUGUGAUACUUAGCUCAAAAGUUGGCGAUGCCGCUGAACAGUUUGAUAAGUGCACCAACGCGAAUAAAGCUUGGGGUGCGCAGGAACCUCCGUUCGAAUAUCUCCGACAAUUCUGA